AUGGAGAAAAGAGAGAUAAACAGUGCUUUUGGGGUAAAAUCCAGGUAUAGGUAUUUGGGCCCACUCAUCUACACAGAUUCUCAUAUUAGAAUCAUUCUUCUCUUAACUCAGGCUCCUGACCUUGACCUCUUUCCAGCUGCAAAUGUGUCCAUAAUGGGGGCCAUCAAGCUCAGCCACAACCUUCACACUCCCAUGUACUUUUUCCUCUGUGGCCUGUCCUUUUCAGAAACCUGUACCACUGUGGUAGUCAUGCCUCGCAUGUUGGUGGACUUGCUGUCAGAGAGCAAGACCAUUUCUCUUCCUGAGUGUGCCACACAGAUGUUUUCCUUUCUGGGCUUUGCAUCCAACAACCGUUUCAUCAUGGCCGCUAUGUCCUAUGUCCGCUACACGGCCAUCCACAGCCCACUGCAGUACCACCCCCUUAUGACAAGAAAGAUCUGCUUGCAGAAGAUGAUGGCUUCUUGGAUGGUUGGGUUCCUGCUUUCUCUGUGCAUCACCAUCACUGUAUUCAACUUGUCUUUUUGCGACUUGAACACUAUCCGGCACUAUUUCUCACCAGUGGUCUCCCUUGCUUGUAAUUACACUUCCGAUUAUGAAAUGGCUAUUUUUGUACUCUCUGCCUGUGUGUUGAUGGGCAGCUUUAUUUUAAUUAUGAUUUCCUUUGUCUUCAUUGUGUUCAUAGUCACAAAGAUGCCCUCUGCAAAGAGGAGGUUUAAGGCCUUCUCAGCUUGCUCCUCCCACCUCACUGUUGUGUCCAUACACUAUGGAUUUGCUUGCUUUGUCUAUUUGAGGCCCAAGAACAGCAACUCCUUCCAUGAAGACAUGCUGACGGCCGUGACAUACACAAUACUGACGCCUCUGCUUAACCCCAUCGUGUACGGUCUGAGAAACAAAGAAAUGCAGAUAGCCCUAAGAAAAACACAAGGCAAUGUAAUUGGGGUUUUCCCUCAGAAGACAAAAAAUGAGCCCUGA